GUUGGUGAGGUUAUCUUUAGAGAUUCUUCUGUUGAUUGUUCAUCGCUGUCACUCCGGCCCAAAUUUUCGACCUUGUGCUGACCAAAGACAAGCUUACAACCUAAGGAUCGUCAUCACUCGAGUCAGUGAAUUAAUGUUAAAAUGGGUUGUACAUCUGAUCAAGACAGUGAUAAUAUUUCAACCGGUUUUCAACAUGGACACGAUGAUGUUAAAACUUUAAUUACCUCCCCCCGAAAAAAGGUACAUAAGUGCACUGAAUCAGGCUGCCAUGCUAUAUUUUCAACAGCUUCGAAAUUACGGAGGCAUAAGAGACACCAUACUGGUGAGAGACCAUAUAUUUGUACUCAUCCAAAAUGUACGAAGUCAUAUAUGUCUUCCUCUCACUUAAAGAGGCACUUGAAAACACAUGAUAUUACCAAAACGGUAUAUCAAUGUCAGCACUGCCCAAUGAAAAUUAGUAAUCAAGACAAUCUGAAACGUCAUUACAGACGACGUCAUAGCGUGGACAGCAAAUCCAAAAUUUCUUGCGGAGAAUGUGGCAUGACUUUUAAUAAAAAAUUUCAUCUAACUCAACAUCAAGCUGAACAUUUUGGAACUACAAGUUACAAAUGUGAUAAAUGUGACAAAAGUUUCUCAACUAAUACUAAACUGUCACGGCACGAAAAGUCACAUGACAGAAGUUAUCCUUGCCCAGUUUCUGGAUGUUCAGAAGUAUUUCAAAAAUUUUCCCAUCUGCGUACACAUAAGAAAAUGAAACAUGUAACAGAAUAUCAUUGUGACAAGUGCAACAAGAUUUUCUUUUUAAAAAGUAAAUUAAGAUCUCAUUUAAAAAUACACUCUGAAAACAGAAUGGUUAUACCAUGUCCAUAUGAGAACUGUGAUAGAGCUUAUUUACAGAAAUGUAACUUGGACUAUCAUAUAAAAUCUUGGCAUCUCGGACAGAAAUAUUACUGUGAUAUAUGUUCCGCAGGACUUAAAAGUAAGUCAAAAUUAGUACUGCAUAUUAAGCGGCAUUAUGAACCUAAGGAAAGAAAGAAAAACAAAGAACGAAAGAAAAGGAAAGAUAGCGGAAUACCAAAGAAAAGUGUGAUAAGUAAAUUGAUAGGAUGCAACUUUCCUCAUCAAUUGGAAAAAUUAUUGCUGGCACGAGAAACAACGAUACAAAUCUCAGAAUCAACCGAUAAUUUAUCAAACAAUGAACAAGUUGAAUCUACAGAAUGUGCGUCAUGAUUAAAUUGAUAAUAAAAUAUUUGUCAUACUCUAAUGUACGUGCUAAG